AUGGACUCUGGCGAGAAUACUUUAAACGAGAAUGAUCUCGUUCCUGAGGCUCCUCCUUCGGAACUAAAUAAUUUUAUUAGUACCGAUGAGAAUUCAUCUGAUUUAAAGGAAUCGCCUGAGAUUGAUUAUUCUAAAAUUCAGGAUAUAGAGUUCGGCUCAAAGGUUUUGCUAUUUUUUGACUAUUUUACACAUUUGAAAGAAUUUUUUCAACUAUCGACUUCUGAGUAUUUCGAUAGAUGUUUUGCUGCUUUAUAUCCUUACUUUUGCAUCAAUUUAUCAUUUUCUGCUCUAUUUAAUCACCUGAAGAGCUUUGUUUACACCAGGCGACUUUGGUUUCCCGAUUCCUUAACAAGCUUUGCUGAAAGUGCCAACGCUGCUAGAAGGGGUUCUGAUGACACUAUUAAUGUGAAUUUGGACGUCUCUAAUGAGGAAAGUGAAGUGAACGUACAUUUCGACAAGGACACUGAAAAUGUUUUUGACAUUUCGGCUAGCUCCAGUUACUUCAAGGGGAUUCAGUUGAAGCAGCAGUCCAAAUGGUACAGGACUCUCUGUUCCAUGACUCAGUUUCCUGACUUAUAUGGUCCCAUUUGGAUUAACAUUACUGCUUCUUCUUCUUUGUUUUUUUCAAGUUGUAUAAGUCAUAAGCUACACUCCUUAAACAGUCUUUUGACCCUUUCUUGCUUCUACGAGCUUGUUUUUCUUUCUCUAACUUGCUCUUUCGUUAUGGCUGUCUGUGUUUUCUUAUGCAAUUAUUUCUUUACUAAGGAGUUAAAGUUUCGUAACUUUGUUAGUUUCUUGUGUGUUUCUGGCUACACUCAAAUUCCGCUGGCUAUUUUAUGUAAGAUAUGUAUUUUUAUCAGUCUUCUUAUGUUUUUUCAUCCACUUCACUUUAUUUUACUCAUUUUGAAGGUUUUCACAUACUUUUAUCUUUUCAUUUCCACCUCGUUCACUCUUUCCAUCGCACUACCUUCACUUGAUUCGAGGAAACGGACUUUUUUGUACAAGCUUGCUGCGAUCAUAUCAUCAUAUGUAACCCAGAGUCUGUUUUUAACUUUAAUACAGAAGUACAUACACUAA